AUGGACGAGGAGGAGCUUGCGGGGAUCCAGAAAGCGUUGGCGGUGACUCUGAAGGUCGCGGCGGGGCUUGGGAAGGUGGAGGCGGACCACCGGGUCGUGGCGGUGGUGCACCCGCUGGUCGCAGUGGUGGUGAACCUGCUGGUCGUGGAGGUGGACUGCCAGCCGGCCGCGGUGGUGGGGCGCCAGUUGGACGAGGUGGUGGCUGUCCUGCUGGUCUUGGUGGUGGGGGAGCUCCAGCAGGACGUGGAGGUGGAGACCCCGACGGCCGCGGCGGUUGACUCAUGCGAACUUCCUCCGUGA